AUGCAGUUCAAGGUCGCCUCCAUCCCCAUCCUCUUCGCCUGUCUGGCAUCAGCCAGUUCCUUCACAAUCGCUCCUUCUGCCUCUUUCACAUCCUCAUCUGCAACCUUCUCAGUUCCAUCUGUGAGCGUCCCCGCUAGCUCAGUCGUCGCUAGCCGAGUCUCCCACAUCCCAUCUGCCUCUCUAUCUUCCAUCCUUGCCGCCAGUUCCUCCGCCGCAGCCUUGAACACCGCCGAAUACGACUGCAUCUACCAGGGUCGAGGCUGUGACUGGACCAAGUCCGAGUACGGUUACGGCUCGAAUUACUGUGGCUCUUCGCCUUACCAACCCGGUCAACAGCUGUCUGACGGAAGUGUUAUCCUUGCUGUUUCUAAAGACGGCAGUGGUGACUGUGCUUCCAAGGCUGGCGCACAGUGCUGCAAGGUUCUUGCUGAUAAUCCUUGCAAGUAUGGUGAGAAGUACUUGGAGUGCUACAAGCCUUGA